AUGCCUAAAGACUUUGAAAUUAAUAGAUAUCCAAUGAAAUUAAAUCUGUUUUAUAUGUAUUUAAAUAAGCUCAAGUUUGAGAAUUGGACUGCAGCUUCAGCCAUCAACUUCAUAGCUAUGAAAUCCUACUCCUACACUUGUAUCCCUACCUUCUUUUUACUCUCUGUAAUUGUAAUCACUAGUGCAAUUACAAGAGCAACGAACGAUGAUUCUCAAUGGCUGGCAGCAGAGGCAAAAGCGUUGAGGGAAACGGGGUGGUGGAGUAAUUACAAAAAGAGAGUUGGAAACCAUUGUAUGUGGCCUGGUAUUCGAUGCAAUGCUGGAAGUGUUAUCGAUAUUGAUCUUAGUGGCCAUGGUCUGAAUGGGGGCAUAACACCUCAAAUAGGAGCACUUUCGAAACUCAAGCUCCUUAACCUCCUUACAGGUGAGUUACCUUCUUCACUUGGAAACCUCACUCAAUUGGCAGUGCUUGAUCUUUCUUAUAACUAUCUUGAUUCCAUUCCCUCGGAAAUUCAGAACAUGGAGAAUCUUGUUUCUCUAAAUUUGUCUGGUAACUCCAUUUUUUUUAUGUCUUCCGAAAUAUUCAACCUUAAAAAGCUAAUGACUCUCCACCUCAGAAACUGCCGCCUCAGUGGUACCAUUCCACCAAAUAUUGGAGAGCUAGAGAGUAUGGUUAAUCUUGAUCUCUCAAACAAUUGGUUUUUUGGUCCAAUCCCAUCAUCUAUCAGCAACUUAACCAAUCUUGCCUCGUUGUUCCUUCAAAGCAACCAACUUGAUGGAUCCAUUCCAGAAGAUAUUGGGAGACUAAUGAAUUUGGUUGCACUGAAUCUAUCCUCCAAUUAUCUUUUUGGUCCAAUCCCAUCUUCUGUCAGCAACUUAACCAAUCUUGCCUCGUUGUCCCUUCAAAGAAACCAACUUAAUGGAUCCAUUCCAGAAGAUAUUGGGAGACUAACGAAUUUGGUUGAAUUAGAUCUAUCAUCCAAUAGGCUUUCAGGUCACAUCCCUUCCUCUCUGGGUCAGUUAACAAAAUUGGAAUCUCUUUAUCUCUACCAUAAUCAAAUUAGUAGUUUUAUCCCUCCAAAUUUGGGUAGUUUAUUCAAUUUAUGGUAUCUAUCCAUGGCUUCGAAUCUUUUGGAAGGUCCUAUACCCCAUGAAAUUGAGAGUUUGAAGGCUUUAAAAUGCUUAGAUCUCUCGGACAAUAAAUUGAGUGGAUCCAUUCCAACUCAGAUUGGUAAUUUGUCAAAUUUAACGUAUUUAAUUUUGGCAAACAAUUACUUGAGUGGAAGGAUUCCCCUGCAAAUUUGUUACUUAUCACUAUACCAGCUUGAUGUAAGCCAUAACUUUAUUGGUGGAGACAUACCUUCUCAACUCUUUAACCUUUCUCAUUCCACAAACAUUGAUAUUAGCCAUAACCUUCUCCAAGGAGUGAUACCUUCCCAGUUUGGGAGUUUAACUCAAUUAAGUGUUUCCAGAUUUCCCAACAUUGAUCUCAGUCGAAAUAAUCUAACGGGCAUGAUUCCCGAAUUUCCAUUUUAUCCGGAGAACCUCAACUUAUCGUUUAACUCCCUGAGGGGUCCAAUUCCAUAUGGGUUAUUGAAUUUUCCACCCAAGACAUUUAUAGGCAAUAAGGAUUUAUGUGGUUCCAUUCAAGGCUUCCUUCCUUGCCCAUCAACGAAGCACAAUCUGGCAGUCAUUAUUCUUGUCCCGACAUUGUUAUUUCUUAUCUCAUUCUUUACAUUGGUGAUAUUCAUCUUUUGCCAACAACAUAGAGCUAAAGCUCUGAAACAUGAUCCAACUCCAACCAAAAAUGGAGAUUUAUUCUCUAUUUGGAAUUUUGAUGGAAAGAUUGCAUUUGAAGACAUCAUUAAAGCAACAGAGGAUUUUGAUAUUAAAUAUUGCAUUGGAACGGGUGGUUAUGGCAGUGUUUAUAAAGCAGUUUUACCAAGUGGCAAAGUUAUUGCUUUAAAAAAGCUCCACCGAUUAGAGGCUGAGCAACCGGCUUACGAUACAAGUUUCCGAAAUGAGAUCAAGUUUUUAACAGAAAUACGACACAAGAACAUCAUCAAGCUCCACGGAUUUUGUCUCCACAAUCGCUACAUGUUUUUGAUUUAUGAAUAUAUGGAAAAUGGAAGCUUGUUUUAUGCCUUGAGCAUUGAUGAUGAAGCUGUAGGAUUGGAUUGGACCAAAAGAGUGAACAUUGUCAAAGGUGUCGCACAUGCUCUAUCUUACAUGCAUCAUAAUUGCAUCCCUCCAGUUGUUCAUCGAGACAUCUCAAGCAAUAACAUUUUGUUGAGCUCUGAAUUGGAAGCUUUUAUUGCUGACUUUGGGACUGCAAGACUUCUUGAUCCUGAUUCAUCUAAUCGAACUGUAAUUGUUGGGACGUAUGGAUAUAUUGCCCCAGAACUUGCUUAUUCGUUGGUCGUGACCGAAAAAUGUGAUGUUUAUAGUUUUGGAGUGUUGGCGUUGGAAAUAUUGAUGGGAAAGCAUCCUGGUGAAUUAUUGUCAACACUAUCAUCAUCAUCGUCUUGUGUCCAAAAUUUCAUGCUAAAUGAAAUUUUGGACCCUCGAUUAUCAACCCCGAGAAGUCAAAAAAUGGCAGGAGACAUUGCUUUUAUUGCUGUCAUUGCUUUUGCAUGCUUACGACCUAGACCCAAAGCUCGACCAACAAUGAAAUUAGUGUCUCAAGAAUUCCUACACAUCAAGUCUCCAAUUGCAAUGCCUCUUCAUGAAAUAUCAUUGAUCGAACUUAAGAAUCAUGAGAUGUUUAUGAGCGAUGAAAAUCACAAAUAAAUAAAUGAUUUGAAGUUGAUGUAAUAAUAUAGGAACCAAUGGAAAGUGAUAAAUAGAAUAAAUCUUCAACAAGGCACAACAUUGUUAUU